AAUAGAAUAGAAUAGAAUAGAACAGAAUUUAUUGGCCAAGUGUGAUUGGAGACACAAGGAAUUUGUCUUGGUGCAUACACUCUGAGUGUACACAUAAGAAAAGAUACGACAGUGCCCGUGUGAUGCCAUGAUACUAGCAUGACGGGGGGGAGUGCGCACUCCUGGCGACGCUAGAGCCCACACGACUCUCAUGUCACCACUAGCGCUGACAUGACGCAAUGCUAGCGUGAUGGGGGGGUUGUGCUCCUGGCAAUGCAACAUGGCAUCUCUGGGGCAUGCAUGAUCCAUGCCAACAGAGAUCGGGGAGCUCUGGAGUAAAGUGAUCUGCUACUGCAUGAGGCCAUCUGAGCUACCAUUGGUUGCCUUGAGUGAGAAGGGAUACACUGUUGCUGCUUUCUAGCCCCAUCUAGUGGCCAGAGGGACAAUGUGCCUUAACAUACAAUCUUCACAUACGGUUGUUGUCCUCUAGCCCCAUCUAGUGGCCAGAGGGACAAAAUAUCAAGUAUAUUGUUUGAAGCUGACUCAACCCAUUUUACCCGUCAGGCUGCGCUCUCAAACCAAGUAUGUGCUGGGAAGCCAGGCUCCAUUUCCUUUAGCAUUUCAGGAAGGCAGGAGCACGAAGAAGAAUCCAUCUUAAACUGCAGCAUCAUGUGGUCAUCCAAGGACAAAUCCACGUCCCACACACAGAGCAUCCCUGGUCAGUAGAAGAGUCAGCGACACGCAGGAACCGAGCAAGGCCCUGGAAGAGGACACCAAAGAGAUAGCAGUCCUGGGCCGCCCCUUCCAGCUGGGGAUGCUUUACGGCUGUCAUCCCAGGAGUCACCCUUUGGGAUUACAGCUCUCUUCAGAAGGACCUGACCAUCAAGCCUCAGCCCAAGACAGAAUCUGAAAUCAUUGCAUCUGACAGCAUAGAUGAUAAGGCUUCUGCCCUGGACAUCUCAGCCUCCCUCAAGGCCAGUUUCCUGGGAGGAUUGGUUGAAGUGGGGGGGGGUCGGCCCAGUAUCUUUGCGACAAAAAGAAGUCCAAGCAACAGGCCAGAGUCACCCUUUAGUACAAAACCACCACCAAGUACGAACAGCUGACCAUGAGCCACCUGGGAAUCCAGAAUGUCUCUUACCCAGCUGUCUUUGAGCAGGGCACAGCCACCCACGUGGUCACUGCCAUCCUCUACGGAGCCUUUGUCUUUGACCGAAAAGUUUCUUCAAUGGAGACGGUGAAAAAUAUUCAAGGAAGUCUUCAGCUUACAGUCAAGAAGCUGAUAUCCAUCACGGGAGAAGCAGAGCUCAAACUGACUGAGAAGGAGAAAGAGAAUGCUCUGAGGUUUAGUUGCAAGUUCCACGGAGACUUUUCUUUGGAGAGAAAUCCAGUCACUUUCCAAGAUGCCAUCAAAGUUUAUGAAACUCUCCCAAAAAUGUUAGGGGAACAUGUGGAGAAGGCUGUUCCUAUGAAGGUCUGGCUCUACCCACUGACCAAGCUGGACACUAGAGCAGCUAAGAUGGUCCAUGAGAUCAGCCUAACAUUGAUCUUUGAUGCUCAAAACAUCUUGGAGGAACUCAACGAAAUCCAGAUGCAAAGCAACGAUCUAGCCAAGAAUCCCAUGGCUGAGACCUUCCCUGAGAUCAAGAGGAAGAUCCAACAGUUCAAGGAUCUGUGCAAGCAACACAGGCAGAUUUUCCAGAAACAGCUGGCCAGAGUGUUGCCUUCCAUCUGGGGAGGAGGGCAGGAGGAAGGGACCCUGGGGGACAUCUUGAUGUCCGUCAACCAGUCACCUUUCAGCAGCCAAAGACUCCAUGAAUUUCUAGACAGCAAGAAAAGAGAAAUUAACUUUAUCAAAUCUUAUCUGACUAUUCUAAAUAAUAUAAAAGUUAUCUCAUCUCAGAACCAACUGGAAGAAAUAGUUCUGAACCUCAGAAUGUAUAUGUGGUCUCCUUUAUAUUCACCUCUUUAUGUAAAAAGGAGCCAUUUCUUUUGAGCUUACAGGACCGGCUUCAGAAACAAUUCUUGCAAGAAUCGGUGAAGUCCACAAGGUCCACUCCUGGACAGAAGGAAGACACGGCCUGGUUUGAGGACAAGGGGUGGACCCGCAAUGCUCGCCAAGCUGCCAAAUCCAUCAAAGACUUUCUCAGUGUCAAUCAAUCCAAUGAGAAGGUCCGCUUUGUUGUGGCCUCACUGCCAGAUGUGGACAACCCAGGAGCCUCAAUAUAACUUUAUGAAGAUGAAAGGCUGGUCAACAAGAACUUUGAGUUGCCCUCAAAACCUCUCCCUUUCCUGAUUCCUGAACUGAGACACAACAGCAUUCAGCUGAAGUUUCAACCAGCUGAUUAUGGAAACGCUACAAUCUCCAACUAUGUGGUAGACUUUAAGACUGCAGGGGAGGAACAUUGGCAAACCAUGAGGACAGAGGACACCAGGGAGACGUUCCUGUUGAAAGAUCUGCCUCCAAACACGGAGUACCAGUUCCAGUACGCUGCUUGUUGCAAGCUUGUAUUUAGUAAAUCCAGUGACCUGAGCUCACCCAUAAAGAUCCUUCCCACCAGCCCUCCUGAGAAAUUAAGAAUGCAUCAUCUUCUGUCAUUUCUGUGGCCUGGAUGAGCCCCAGCAUCAUUGCCUCAGGAGUUGUGGUCAAGGAAUACAAGGUGGAGUACAGAACGAUGGAAGUUGAAUACGGAAAUGGCCAAUGGACUGAAAAAAGAACUGGGAGAAAAACAGAGUUUUUCAGCAUUGAAGACCUUAAGUCCCAGACGGCAUACAGAAUACGGGUGUUGGCCAUGUGUGAUAACGGAGCUCUGGGUGUCCUCAGUGAGGAGAUGAAGGUCUCCAAAACACUGGAGGAAGAAACUGCAGACAAUGUAACCCACCAAUUCCUUCAGGAAAGCUCCCUGGUGGAGUACAGACAGCCAUUAGUGUUUGCCCUUCCUCUGCAGAAAGUCCCAUCAGAUGCCUCCACCUCUUCUCUCGUGUAUCAGCUUGGAAAGCAGAAUCCAGAAGUGCCCAACAAAGUGAUCCUGGUCAUAGGAGAAACAGGAUGUGGGAAAACUGCUCUGAUCAAUGGGAUGAUCAAUUAUAUCCUGGGUGUCCAGUGGGAAGAUAAUUUCAGAUUCAAACUCAUUCAUGAAACCUCCUAGAAAUGUGAAGCUGGAAGCAGGAUGUCUGAAGUCAGAGCCUAUGUGGUGAACCAUCAGAAGGGCUUCCGAAUUCCCUAUUCUCUCACCAUCAUUGACACUCCAGGAUUUGGAGGCACAAGAGAGCAAGACAAACUGGUUGAGGAGCAACUCCUGGAGUUUUUCUCCACCCCAGGGGGCAUUGACCAUGUGGAUGCCAUCUGCUUGGUGGCCCAGGCCUUCCUUGCCCAUUCAACUCACAUCCAAAAACGUGUCUUUGAUUCCAUGCUCUCCAUGUUGGGAAAAGACCUGAAGGAAAACAUCCAACUCCUCAUCACCUUUGCUGAUGUGGGGACCCCACCUGUCCUGGAGGCCCUCAAGGAGGAUCACCUGCCAUGUGCUCAGGAUGAGUCGGGAAUCCCUCUGCACUUCAGAUUCAACCAUUCAGCCCUCUUUGCUCCCCAAGAAAAUGGAGGAAGCCCGAAUGCUGCUGCUGAAAUGUUCUGGAAAAUGGGCACCAAGAGCAUGAAGAAUUUCUUUGACUCAUUAAAGAUGGUGGAGACCAAAAGUUUAACCUUGACCAUGAAGGUCCUCAAGGAACGUCAGGAGCUGGAAGCUGCUCUUAGAAGACCUCCCCCACCUAAAGUUGAGCAAGUGCACCAUGCAUAAUAUGACAUGCAUUCAUAUUAGGGGACCCCUUGGAAACAGGAGAAAAGCUCUUACAAGAAAUAGAAAAAAUUGGAACUAUAACAGGCCUGAAAAUAAAUAAAAACAAAACAAAGAUAAUUACAAAGAACCUCAUGAAAAAACAGGAUAAGAAAUUAGAGGAGAAACCAGGAAUUAUCAAAAAGGUAAAGUACCUGGGCUUACAGCAAAAAUAUCUUCAAUAAAGGAAGACAAUUACUCUAAAUUAUU